GAAAGAAGAAAGAUAACAAGGACAAUCUAUAUUUAUAGAAGUGAAUAUAAUACAUUCUUACUAAGCAAUACGCAACAUUAUCCGCGGAGAGCGACGCGAGAAGUGCAAUUAUUGAGUGCUUCCCCCGCACUACAAUGCCAAGCACAAGAAGCGUAACAACACCUUUCUUCUUCUAUUACGCUUUCUGUCACCUAAGCAGUUGCUAGCAAGAUGAUCACGACCACUUUGACGAGCUCUCUCAGACGACAAGCACUUACAAGUACGAUCUCCUCGUCAUGUGUGUCGUUUGCAAGAGUUGGAAGGAUCGCACUACCUUAUCGUGCUUAUUCUAGUGCGACUUCAUCUGCUCAAGCAUUUUUAGAGCCACUUUCAGGAGAAGACGGACAAGGCAUAACAGUCCUGACAUUGAACAGGCCAGAAGCAAAGAAUGCAAUCGGCGUACAACUUCUUGGCGAGCUAGAAGAAUGCAUUGAAAAAGUUCAUUUUGAUCGAUCCACAAGGGUAUUGAUUGUUCGAUCAACUGUCCCGAAUACGUUCUGUGCUGGUGCGGAUCUAAAAGAACGUAAGGGUAUGUCUGUUGCACAAGUUGAUCGAUUCUUGAGCUCGUUGAGGAGAACGUUUACUGCGCUUGAAAAGUUACCCGUACCUACCAUCACCGCUUUGGACGGUUUGGCGAUGGGAGGUGGAAUGGAAUUGGCACUGUGUACCGACCUACGAUUGUCUACCGCCAAAUCAGACAAGCUUGGUUUGCCAGAAACAAGGUUAGGUAUAAUACCAGGAGCUGGAGGAACGUAUAGAAUGACGAAAUUGAUCGGUCCUGCACGAACGAAAGAGUUGGUAUUUUCCGCACGAAUGUUGAAUGGUCAACAAGCCUACGAUUUGGGCAUAGUAGACCGAUUGGCAGGGGAAGGACAAACGGCUUUUGAUACCUCGAUUGAAUUAGCAAAAGCAAUGGCACAAAAUGGUCCUUUGGCUUUGCGUGCUGCCAAAGCGGCGAUCGAUAAAGGUCAAUUACUCGAUACGGAAACGGCACUUGAUUGGGAACGUGCUUGUUAUGAAAGAUGUUUGGCUUCAAAGGACAGGUUAGAGGGAUUACGAGCGUUUGCUGAGAAGAGGAAGCCGAACUACACAGAAGCACUGUUGAUGUUCUUGUGGCGUACCAACCAAGCUGAGGAUGUCGUAGUUGUGGCUCUACACAAAUAGAUCGUGGCAGAUCUGUUCUGUCCUUCACUUCUCCCGGCGAGGUUCUGAAGGAAGG